AUGUCCUCCAACGAGGUUCAGCCCAGUGCGAAUUUUUUUGCAAACGAACGCGGGGGAGCGGACUUGCUCGGCGACCUGGAUGGUGAAGACAACCUAGACAGGGUUCUUGGCGAAUUGGGAGUGGAGAGCUUUGAGAGCGAUGACGAAGACGACAAUGUCGCUGAUCUCAUGUACAACGAGUCAGACGAAGAAGAAGAAGAACAAGUGGGAAAAGACAAAGAACAAGAACGAGAAGAAGAGGACGAAGAAGAAGAAGAAGAUGAUGAUGACGAGUUUCUACUUGACUCUGAGGACAAUGACGAUUACAAUGACGAGUUUGACUUGAAAGAUGCCAUCAAGGGAGCCAGCAACUUCAACUCGAGAAGAAACAAGAGGGGAAAGCCCAGCGACGGGAAAAAGUACUCGUACAAGCAAAAGAUGUCGCGAUCAGAUAACAGAAAUUUGGACCCGGAAGUGCGAAUGCUCCUUUCCCAGGCCAAUGAGGCCUUUGUGAGAAACGAUUUUCAAGUGGCGUUGGGUCUCUACAAGGAAGUCAUCAAACACGACGCCCGAAAUUUCAGCGCCUACAAGGCAAUUGGAGAAAUCUACCAAAGUGCGGGCAACUUGAAUGAUUGCUGCAAUUCGUGGCUACUAGCUGCUAAUAUCCACCCAUGGGAUCACCAGUUUUGGGGGCAAGUUGCUGAACUAUCGGCCGAUUUGGGACACAUCGACCAAGCAAUCUAUUGCUAUACACGCGCCAUCUCGUCCGACGCGAAUCAGAGUGCCGAGUAUUUACUAAGAAGAGCAUUACUUUUCAAGGAAAAAAAGCAGUACGGUAAGGCUCUAGACGGAUUCCGUAGAGCUCGACAAGUAUACCCGACCAACUCCAACAUUUUCAAAUACAUUGCAGCAGUAUAUGCCGAGCAAAAACGGUUGAAUGACGCGAUAAACCUAUAUAUGAAGAUGUUGGACUGGAACAUCAAUCAUGACGAGUCCCCGCUGCCGGAGAUAUACCCGACAUUUGGGUGGACUGAGUUAAAUAUCUUGCUAGAGCUACACGUUCAGCACCACUCAUAUCGACUAGGAAUAAAUGUCAUGAAACUAGCAGCAAGAUGGAUCCAAGGUAGAGCGAACGAGGAUUGGGAUGAUCAAGAUGACUCCGAAUUUGACGUGAACAGAAGGUUCAAGAAUGCUGUCCACCUUCACAAGCUAAGCGAAGAGGAGCGCAAAGCAUUCAACGAAAAGCCAUAUGAUAUCCCUGUUGACAUUAGAUUCAAAAUGGGAGUGUUGCGUUUGGGAGCAGGUGACAAGGACGAGGCGUUGCAUCACUUUGAAUAUUUGCUCGACGACAAGCAGGAAGAUAUCGAAGAUUUGUAUUUCGAAGCCGGUAGACUACUAGAAGAAAUGGGGCUUUACGAAGAAGCGCUAGUUUAUUUGCUCCGCGCACUAGGCUCGGAGGAGCCCAGUGUCGAAUUGGUGCAACUCUUGGGAAAAUGCUAUUACGAGACCGAGGAUUAUGCUCAAGCCAAGGAAGCUUACGAAGACUUGCUAAAAGCUGAUUGGAAAAACGUUGAUUAUAAACUUGCCUUGGCUGAAACAUUGCACCAUUUGGGAGAUGACGCACAAGCGGAAAGAUUGAUAAUCGAAGUACAGAAGGAAAGUGCCCGCAAAGGCUCGAAAGAACGCAAAAAGUCUCUUGUGCAGGCGGAGGAAAACUUGUCGUUGAUUAGAACCAGGAUCAAGAAAACUCCUAAACGGGUCAGGCUCACCGAGUUGGAAAAGGAAGAGUUGGAGAUGAAUGCAAAGAGAAAAGUGUUGGACAUGUAUGGACGAAUGGAGAGACUCGAAGACUCUGUUGACGCGGGGGACAAGAUUGCCAUUUCGGCAUGGAUACAGUUGGCAACUCAACUAGUGGAGAUGUUUACCAAUGUCAAGACUUUUUUCCCCAAAGACAAAAUGAAGAAAUUUAAAGGCAUAGUCAAAUACCGCGGCAGGAAGAAUAUGGAUUUGGAUGAGAAAUUAGCCAGGGCGUACAACUUGUUGGAAGGUAUAUCUCAGAAUGAAACACCGAGCCGGUCGUUGACUUCCAAGUCCGAGUAUAGAGGCUUGACUUAUCACCAAUGGUUUGACAUUUUUGCCCAGCUUGCAUUCCUAGUGGCAAUGUAUGAGAAAAAUGUUGAAUAUGCCGACGAGAUUCUAUCGAUUGCCAUGAAUGUUAGUUUGUUCCACCAGGAUAAAAAGAAGGAAAUCAUAUUGCAAGUGUUGAAAGUUAUCCAGGGUAUAGUGCUGGAGCAGCCAGAUGGGAAUGUCCAGGUAUUCACGCGGCACUUGCUCAGUGCAAAUCAGUUUUCACCAUUCAUGUUCAAGUUUUAUAUCUGCUGCUAUGCCUCGGGGUUGAAAUUCUGGCAGACGUUUGCCAGCUAUAACCAGCAAAAAUACUUUCUUCGACAAUUGAAAGCAUACGACUCGAGCUUCACUGGGAAAUACAUCUCAGGAAUGUCCACCGUUUCAGCGGACUUGUCCAAUGUCGAAUUGGGCAAAUGCCACGCCGACUUGACCUACAUCUACGCCAACUUAUUAGGCGGCAACCGGAGUUACGCCUCGGGCAUAUUCUACUUGAAUCGAGCCUAUGAGCAUUAUAACCGCGACCCGAUGAUUUGUCUUAUGCUCGGCUUGGGCCACGUCCAUCGAUCAAUGCAGAGAAUGAGUGCAAAUAGACACAACCAGCUUCUCCAAGGGAUAAGCUACUUGCUCGAGUACCAAGAGCAUAGAUCCAAGAAUGCUACCAUAUACGAGAUCCAGGAAAUUCAGUACAAUUUCGGUAGACUUUUCCACACACUUGGAUUAUCUAGUCUUGCAAUCCCUCAUUAUGACGAGGUCCUCAAAAUCUCCGAUGAAAAUGACUUGGACCCCGAUUAUGACCUUGCGUGGGACGCUGCUUACAAUUUAACGUUGAUUUACAAUCUCAACGGGAACGCGGUUUUGGCACGUGAGCUAUCUGAAAAAUACCUAGUGAUGUAA